ACGUAUUGGGCAUUGUUAUUCGUCUCCUUUGCUCUAACUGCCUGGGAGUGUAAUACGUGUUUAAUUCCUAUAUUGGUUUUAAAAGAUAUUGCGUUUCUGGACGGAAGGCAAUUACAAUGUUCGUUUUUCCAAAAUGUGAUAACAAAAAUUCGCAUUGAAGUUCUUCAUGAAGCAGUUGAGGAUUUACAAAUAUAAAACCAUUUUGCAAGCAUCGUGUUUAGGGGAACAUUUGUAAUAAUGCUUCCUUGUUCAUACAUGUUUUGUGUAUUCUAUGCUUCAAAAAAGUAUUCAAUAUAUUGUUAGUACCAAAUUGUGAUCUGAAAUGCUAGUAUAUUACCUUUGCAUGUUUUGAUAUUUAGAAUUAUCGUGAGGUAGAAAAACAAAUCAGCCGAAGAAUUAAUAGUCUACGACGGUUCAAAGAAGAAUAAUUUUAAAAAAUUGAAUUGAAGUAUCACGUUCCCUAUGGAUGUAUGUUAACCAAACGUUUUCACAAACAUAUAAAUAUUCAAGGAAUUCCUGGAUGGGAUGGAUGAAAUCAAAUCAAUUUACUAGGAUAUAAUUACUGGCAUAAAAUGGAUUUUGGUAUGCAUAACGUGUUUUACAUCUUUUGGAUUGUGCAGACAUGUGUUCAAUGGCCAAUGGCAAAGUUACUUGACAAGGAGUUUCAAAGAAAAAUGCUUCCACCAAAAUUCUAUCCUACCCCUACGAACGUAACCUAUGAAAAAGGAGGACUGGCAAUACUUUAUUGCUCUAUUGAAAAUCUUGGGACCAAAACGGUCAUAUGGAGAAAACAACCUUACAAUGUUCCAAUAACAGUUGGUCAAGAACAGUUUGUUGAAAUAAACAGGUUUUAUUUAAGUCAUGUCCCGUACCGGGAAGAAUGGAAUCUUCUAAUAAAGAAUGUUCAGCCAUUCGAUGCGGGUACAUACGAAUGUCAGAUAAGCUCAACUGAAAAGGUUUUACGACGAAAUAUUACUUUAAAUGUUGUAGAAAGUAGUGGACUGUUGAAACCAGAAAUAUCAAUAACAGGGACCAGAGUUGUAGAAAAAGGCAAAAGUAUACAUCUGACAUGUCAAGCAUCAGGAACAACUUCUCCUCCAGAGGGAAUAGACUGGUAUAAGGAUGGCAAUAUAUUAACCACAGAAAAGAGGGGUGAUCUACUUAUUGAAAAACAAAUAUCGUUUACAACAAGAAUGAUAGUAAGUCGGCUGACAAUAGCUAAAUCAUAUAUGUCAGAUACAGGAACGUUUGUGUGUAGAACACCGGAGUUACUGACUGCCACGUUCAAAGUGGACGUAUUAAACCACCCAAACGCAGACCCCGAUAGAAAAGAUAAAAGAGGUAUGGAAAAUGAAGCGUUAACACACGGAGGGUCAGGAAAUAUCGGAGGAUAUCCAAGAUAUUCCGGUCAAACAGACAUACAUAUAAAACAAAUAUAUAGACGUAUAAAAUUACAUCACUUAGUAGUAUUUUUAUCUUACUUUGUGACUCAUUUUCGAUAGCAUACACUUCAAAGUAAUCUUGUUAAAUUUGUAUCAUAUAUAUGAAUCGAAACAAGACACGUGCAGCUUUCAUUUAAAGAGGAUAAUCCUGGCUUCUGUUCAACGUUACUUUUUCCUGAAAUAAAAAUCAUGCUGAGAAAUAAAAAGAAAGCAUGGUUACCGUAAUUGUUUCGACGAAAUAACAGUUAGUUUAUAUGUUUCAAUUGUUCAAGAAAUUUCAUAUAAAAGUAGUCGACAAUAUAUUGCAGUCCCAUCAUAAUUAAACAUUAAUAGCAAUUGUUAUUUACGAAGUGGUAUUAAAAAGAAUGAACAAACUUCUAUGCUGUAUAUUAUUAUACAAAAUAUCGAAUAAUAUUACUCAAAAACUGUUUGUUAUUCCAAAUUGUUUUGUAAAGUCUUAGAUUCACAGAGAAGGAAAAGGCAAAAUGAGUGUUUACGUCAUAACAAAGUCAGUAAAUAUGUGGCAAUGUUUAAAGAACACGUACCAUCCAUAAUCAUAACAAAUCAUAACAAAUUUCUACAUGUGGGUCAAUGAGUCAUGUCAGGCGCUUUUGUACUUCUUCUGUUUUGUUGAUAUUAUUUAUAUGACAUUUGUGUAUUAAAGAUAUAUUUUUGUUCAAUAAAUCCAUUUUGUAUAAUAGAAAUGUCAGUUCCUUCUGGAACCAUGUUCGGACAAUACUUUUGUUUCCUUACUGAUGCAAACGAAAUGUAAUUGCUCAUGAAUUCAACAUUAUAUGUAUAUAAUGAAUAACUUUUAUUGUAAAUAUGUAAAUACAUCGGUUAGGCAGUUAUAUUGAUGUAUUAUUUAUCGAUCG